AUGAUCCCAGAGGAAGUUAUAUUACAAGAUCCUCAAUUCAAAGAAUCGCGGCUGGAAUCCUUGUAUUCGAACUUUAACCAUCUGAAGGAGAACCCAGAGGGACUUGAAGCGAACGUGACAGCGUGGAAGACGCUCCUGCUGGAUGCGAAAAAUAAAUGUCCAGAUCAGUUUAGAGAUAAAGUUGCCUUUGACUCUGAUAGUUUGGUGGACCAGUUUUCGCUACCCUCAAAAGGCCUGGUGCCCAAAGGUUUAAACAAGGUCAUAGACCAACUAGUACAGGAGAGAGUACUAGUGCCGUACUCGCAGUAUCAGCAGGACAAAGGUUUGCUAGGACGUGUGGUGGGGUGGGUAUUUGGCCCGCGCUACCAGAGCGGCAAUGACGAUUCAGGACAGCUCAGGAAAGGCGAGCAUUUUGUGAUAAGCUCGGAGCUCUCCAGAUGGAGUCGCGAGUUAGGGUCGUAUUUGAGCAACAACUCUCCACUGGUGAAAGACCAUCUGCUUGAUCUGGCAUCCAAGGAUUUGGGUCUCUCGCGAUUUGAUAUUGAGUGUUGUCUAAUUUGUCUUGAGAGGGAACGAAAGGUGGCAGUAGAAGGCCCCGUCGUGCGCUUUUUGGACGAGACACAGCAAGAAGUGCAGCUCUCUCCCGAGCAAGUGGAAUCGAUUGCAACUCUGAAAUAUUCUAUUUACAAAAUGACCAAGUACAAUGACGAGACAGAGAAGAAAGUCCAUGAAUUGGAGGCACGUGUGCGCGAAUACGUGAAGAAGAAUCAAAUGAUCAGGGCCAAAUCUGAGCUCAAAAUCCAGAAAGCUUUGUCGGCAAAGCUGCAAAAAUCCACUCAGGGACUCGAGAAUUUGGUCCUGCUGUUGUACAAAAUCGAGGAGAACAAUAACAACAUGCUGGUGGUGAAGACUCUAGAGUCCAACUCGAAAAUCCUAAAGAGUAUGAACGAACAGGUUGGAGACAUCGCCUCGGUCGUGCAAGAGGUUCGCGAGGAGUGGGGCAAAAUGGACGAACUGAGCGAGCAUCUUGGCGCCAUUGCUGCGGACGACAGUUCGAUCGACGAAGAGCUGGAGCUGCUCGAGAAAGAGGAGAGAGAGAAGUCAGAAAAGGAAGAAGAGAAGUCAGCAGAAACGGAGCCACACAAGGCGCACGAAGAGCCGGCAGCUGCGGAUGGCGCCGAAGCCGAGUCGGAGCUUCUGGAGCGGUUCAACAAACUGAAGCUGCCUUCCAAAGCCACAGAGGAGAAAGAGCUGGAGAAUCCAUUACCUGCAUGA